GUGUGUGUGGGUGAACGUGUGUGAACCCUUUUAUGUGUGUGUAUAUAUACAUAUAUAUAUAUACAUCACAUACACACACACACACGGUGUAUAUAGGGGGCACGGUGGCUUAGUGGUUAGCACGUUCGUAUCGCACCUCCAGGGUUCAAUUCCUAAUAUAUAAUAUAGUUAUAUAUUAGUUGCAAUGCCAUGGGCUACCCACUUGGCGGCAGUAGCUGAAAGACAUAAAAAAUGGUAACGGUUUCAUCUUAUUUAGGGGUUUAGAAAGCCUUUUGUAUUUAAUUGCUCAACUAGUCCAGUUAACACUUUGGAAUGCAGCAGGGCAGUGAAUUUGCUGAAACCAGAUGAUUAUGAUCACCCAAAUGUCUAUAGAGACGACUUAUCCAUCAAUUAAUGUGGAACGUCAGUAGCUGUCUAUCAAUCAGCAACUUAACAACUUCACAUUGGAUGAAUGGUUUUGGCUUUAAAAAGUUUGGGAUUUUCACCUUGAUUAUUUUACUAGGAUUGAAGCUUAUUAGUCUAUAGGGACAGCCUAUAAGGUUGCCUAUAAGUUGUGUGUGUGUGUGUGUGUGUGUGUGUGUGUGUGUGUACACACACACACACAAGAAAACAAACAUAUAUUUACAUAUAUAUUACAUUAUUACAUUACAUAUAAAACAUAUAUUUACAAGAAAAACAAACAAAAUGUUUUUACUAUGUAUAUGUGACCACGUCACUAUGAACAUAGUAAAAACGUUUUGUUUGUUUGUUAGUUUUCUUGUAAAUGCUCAAGCUUUAGAUUUGUGUUAAGGCUAAGUUUAGUAAUUGAUCUCACUUAAGAUCAGGUUUGUUCCAGGAGAAAGGUUGCUCUAAAAUUUAACUUCUGCCAUAUCCUGUGCCUAUUGCUUAACAUUUGGAGACCUGCUUUCUGAAAGGAUCACGCUUGUUUAACCACAACCGGUCUUGCAGUAUCGAGAUUUCUGCUCGAACCGUCCCGAUAAGAUUCCAGUCACGUGAUUCUCACCACGUGGUUCGGCGCUCCAGCGCCACAACGCGAGCCACAGCGCAGGGGAGCGUCGGAUCGGUGAAGUGCUCAGCGCAUGGAACUUAGAAACCUGAGACAAACUCCAGGAAGAAAAGAGAAGGCAUAAACACCAGCCAUGGUCAGAUAUGAUAUCCUAAAGUCGUAUCACAGUGUAUUAAUCCCUCUGUGGAAGGUGUCUGCGGCUGUAGAUGCUCAGGAGACCAGACAUCACCACCACAGCUCCAUCCUUCACCACUGACUGCCUGCACCAAGCCUUCAUGUCGUCUCACACAGCAAGGUCUCACAGUACAAGAAUAAGGCUUUCUUGCUGUCUCGAGGAUGACACUAAGAAUAUAGGCUCUGCAAAGUUUCUUCAUUUCAUUCCCAUCGAAUCAUAUAAUAUGCUGCCGAAAGAACACAGCAGUGAGGGCAAAGCAAGCAAACUCAUGCAGUAUGAGAAGAAGAUCAAAGCUGCCAAGAAAGAAGAGACGAUGCGUUACGUGGAGCCACCCGAUGGGGGCUGGGGCUGGAUGGUCGUUCUACACUGCUUUCUGGUGAACGUGCUGGUGAUGGGGACCUUGAAGACUUUUGGAAUCUUCUUCGUGGUGCUGCAGGACGAGUUCGGUGGCUCGUCCGAGAGCAUCAGCUGGAUCGGCUCCAUCAUGUCCAGCAUCAGACUCUCAGGAGGUCCUUUGGCCUCUGUAGCCUGCACUAGGCUGGGGAACAGAGUCACUUCUAUCUUGGGAGCCUUACUGGUGACUGCAGGAUUUAUCAUCAGCAUUUUUGCUAACAGUGUCCUUUACUUGUACCUCAGCAUGGGGAUGGUGGUGGGUCUUGGCUUUGCACUGUUGUACCAAGCCUCAUCUGUUGUGACUGCAACUUAUUUCCGUAAGAGGUUAGCCACGGCAUACUCCAUUGGGCGCUCUGGCAUGGGUUUAACCUUCGCGCUGGCACCCUUCACACAGCUGCUUAUGGAUCAGUAUGCAUGGCAGGGAGCUCUGUUGAUUUUGGGUGGUCUGAUGUUGAACCUGGUGGCCUCUGCAAUGCUGCUGCGGCCCAUCCAAGUGCAGCCUGCUUCCUUUCCUCUACCAUCUAACCCCAGCCUCAGCAGAGAUCUGCCUGCCUCUCUGACCCAAACGGAGAAGGGACCUCUUGACAACAGUGAAAAUUUUAAUCUAGCCAUGUCUAAUGGCAUUGCCAAAACAGAAGAUCCUUCCAUACACAAGGAUAUACUUAUCAUUGAGAACACAUCUCAUGGACAGAGUAAGCUGCAAGCUUUAGAACUAACAAACCUGGUCCAGAAUGGUGCCAAUGAAUUUGACAGUUGUCCAGUAAAGGUUUGUCAAGAGACAAAUGGCAAACUGAUGGUGAAUUCCAUGGUACGGGAGAAUACUCCAACCAAAAAAGCCAAAAUCUUUGACUUGUCACUCUUAAAAAAUCCUUUUUUUUUCAUAUAUACUUGGUCACUGGUUUUCAGUCAAUUAGCCUACUUUAUCCCCUACUUCCACCUAUCAGCAAGAGCCAGGACUUUGGGCAUUGACCCCAUGGAUGCAUCUUUCAUCAUAUCUGUGGCAGGUAUAACAGAAACUGUGGCUCAGCUGGCCUCUGGCUGGGUGACAGACAGGAACCUGGUCCAUAAGUACCACUACCACAAGGCCUAUCUGAUACUGUGUGGGAUCGUCAACCUGCUCUCUCCCCUCGCCACCUCCUAUAUCCAGCUCAUGAUCUAUGCCGUGUUCUUUGCUAUCUUUUGUGGAGGUUACAUGGCUCUGCUCCUGCCGGUCCUGGUUGACUUGGUAGGGUCUGAAAAAGUGAACAACUCUAUGGGGUUUUCCAUGUUCUUUGUGGGGCUUGGCUGUCUAACAGGUCCUCCAUUGGCAGGUUUCCUGUACGACUACACCCUAACCUACGACUGCUCCUUCUACUUAGCUGGUGUGUGUUACCUGCUCUCGUCAGUCUCUCUCUUCCUGGAGCCACUCGCUCAGCACUGGCAGGCCAGAAAAAAGCAGCAGGAGCUGCUCAAUAAAGAACUGGUGUGGAGCAGCUGCUGCUUCUGUGCAGCCUCUCAAAGAAAUGGGGUGGUAUAGCUACACCGCAUAGCCAUGGCAAACAAAAAAUGAAAAAGUACUUCAUCCUCCUACAGUGGACUUGAACUCAACUUUGUAUUAGAAUGCAAAGGCACCAGUCUUUUAAGAUGAGGAGGUUUUUGUAGCACUCACAGUGAAUGACCAACUCAGUCACAUCAUGGAUGGUUUUACAGAUGUGAUGUGGUCUCUAAAUUCCAGUGAAGCAAAUACAGGUGCAUCUCAAUAAAUUAGUAUGCCAUGGAAAAUGAUUUGGUUCACAUUAUCAAAAUCCCACCAAUUAACUAUCACAAAAAAUAGAAUACUUAAUGAGACCAAUAAAAAAACAUUUUUAGUGAAUUGUUGGCCAUCUGGAAAGUAUGUUCAUUUACUGUAUAUGUACUUAAUACUUUCUAGGUUCUCCUUUUGCUUUAAUUACUGCCUCAAUUCGGCAAGGAGGUGAUCAGUCUGUGGCACUGCUGAGGUGGUACGGAAGCCCAGGUUUCUUUGACAGUGGCCUUCAGCUCAUCUGCAUUUGUUUUAUCUUGUUUCUCAUUUUACUCUUGACAAUACAGCAUAGAUUCUCUAUGGGGUUCAGGUCUGGUGAGCUUGCUGGCCAGCCAAGCACACCAACACCAUGAUCAUUUAACCAACUUUUGGUGCUUUUGGCAGUGUGGGCAGUUGCCAAAUCCUGGUAGAAAAUGAAAUUGUGAAGGGUGUUAAUGAUUGUCUUCUGGACAACUGUCAGAUCAGCAGUCUUUCCCAUGAUUGUGUAGCCUAGUGAACCAAAAGGUGUUUGGAGUUGAUUAGCUGAUUGGCAUGUCACCAUAUUCUAAUUUUCUGAGAUUAAUUGGUGGGUUUUUGUUCAAUGUGAGCCCAAAUCAUCACAUAUUAAAGUACCAAAGACUUAAACUACUUCAGCUUUUGUGUACUGAAUUUAUAUAAUACACGAGUUUCACUAUUUGAGUUGAAUUACUGAAAUAAAUGAACUUUUCCACAACAUUCUAAUUUACUGAGAUGUACCUGUAACUUCUUGUAUUAGAUUAUAUACUUUUAUCUUAUUACCAACCUUUCAAUUUAAGAAAACAUGCAACUUUUCAUUUAAUGUCUCCCAAAUAUAUAGAAUAAUAUAUAUGAGACAGAUAAUGUAUACAUGCUAUAAUAACAUAGCAUUCUAUAAUAACAUUUACUGUAACAUAACAUAACAGUUACCGAAUGGAGCAAUCAACAUUAUAUUUAAAUAUUACCCUUAAAAUGCUGAUUAUUAUCUAUGCAAUUUGUCUACUGGAUUGAGGUCAAGGUUUUUCUUUGUAAACAGCAACUCAUAUUGGUUUAUUUUGAUGCUCUGCUAUAAGUUCCAGUCAACUUAUGAGACUUAAACACUACUUAAAUUGAUUAUUAUUGUUUUAAAGUAUACUUGAGUGUGGAUUUAGGUCACUGUGCCUCUGGACCCUGGACAUGGAUUUUUUCCCCAGCCGGUGGUCCCAAAUUACAGCAACCACUGACUAAGAUGAAAAGAAUUUCCAAAACAAAACGGCUUUAAACCGAUUUAAACCUGACAGGAGUGAAAAUACUUCAAGGGCUCCGUCUAAAAAAUGUAGGGCAUUGUGCUUACAGCUACAGCCUUGUUUUAGACAUGCCAUUUUUGAAUACUGUCAUUUAUAUCUAAAUUCCUGUAGUGUUCUGUUUAGCACCAUUAGUUGCCUUUUGUGUACUGCAUAACUGUACUAACUAUUGAGAUAUGAGCCAAAGAUGCAAGAGAGAGAUUUAUUUUUAUUAUUAUUUUAUUUUUAUUUUUAUUUUUUGCAUUUUACUCUCAGGCUUGUCUAGGCUUUCAGUUUCUUGUUCAUUCAUCUUUAAAAUCAAACCCUUUUCUUACCAAUUGUUUGUGGUUGCUUCUUAGAUGCCACAGUUUCUUUUGUCACAGAGUCCUCUAGUGGUACAUACACUGUACUACUGCUGAAAGGUAGCAUUAAUUACUGUACAGUGCUAAUUAUAUACUGUUGUGAGUAUGAUGGAGUGCUGCACAGUUGUUCUAUUCUAUUUGUUAUAUAUAUAUAUGUGUAUAUAUAAAUAUAAUUCACAAAAAUCAAAAAGUGACAAAAUGGUGAGAUGGUAAAUGGAGUUUAUAGGAGCACAAAUUGAAUACACUCCUGUUGAAAUUUUCCUGAUAUGGGUCUAGACUGUUUGCAGUCUGAUUGGGAAACACUGCUUAUUUAAUCCCUUAAGAUGUUUUUUUCUCAUGGGGAGCCAAGGCGUCGCUAUGAGCCACAGAUUGCAGUCUAAAAAUACAUCAACUACAAGGUAACAUAAGAAACAUGCUAGCUCAUUGUAGCCCACUCACUGUGUGUGGACAUAAAGUCUGUCUUUUAUAUAUGGAUAUGUGGUACUGUAUAAAUUCUGGAAGUGGUUUUAAAAACAAAAAAGGUGGAAUUCUUACAACUGUGAAGAUUUUCAUAACUGAAAUUAAAGCAAUUGGAAAAUG